AUGCCUUUGACUCCCGUUGCCCACUCCGUUCUCUACCUGUUCAAAGCUGCUGCUAUGAACGAGUCACACCCGUUAACCUGCUUGGGUUGUAUCAAUAAUCUUGAAGAACAUAUUGCUCGCAUAGAAGAACCCGGGCUACUCCAAACCAUUGCCCACAUCAAGCAUCACAAAUCCUUUGCCAAGCGCCUCAACAACAUCUACAAGGCUGAUCUUCAAGAACAAAGGAACCUUAUCUCCAACCUCGAAGCCCACAAUCGCGAUCUAGCUCUCACUAUCGAAGAGCAAGAAAGGCUUAUCGAGGAGAAAGAUAGGUUAUUAGUUGAGAAAGAGUUGGAGUUGGAUAAUUUCCAUUGUUCCAUUCAAGACAUCACCCAAGACGGAAAAGGUCGAAUCCAUUACUACAAAGAAUAUGAGGGCGGCCGCUUCCAUUCAAGCUGUGCAAGAUCAACUACUCCACAAUUACAAUACUUGUCCCACGGCCCUGCCCCACCUCCACCUUCUGGCACAGCCACCUCCACCAAUCCCCCACCCGCUCCUGCUUUGUCCAAUUCGGACUUGAAAUUUGCUAAACCCAAUAAGUUCAGUGGCAAGAAAGAAGACGCCCUCAAUUUCAUUAUUGCCUGCCAGGCCUAUAUAAGAGCAAAAGGAGCAACCCGUUCUCAUGAAGAAAAAAUCUUGUGGGUGACAUCAUACUUUGAGGGAACGGCUGAGGAUUGGGUUUGCCCAUAUAAAGAAAGGAAGGUGUUCAGGGGAGAAGCAGUUCCUCUGUUGGAAGAUAUCGAUACUUUUUGGGCCGAGUUCACUAAACAUUAUGUGGACACAAAUUGCGACGAGAAAUAUCGUCAAAAAUGGAAUAAUUUGCGGCAGAAGGCGUCAGUCCAAGAAUACACUCGGGAAUUUCAGCAAUACUCUGUUUCCUUGGGUUACAGCGACGAGACUCUGCGCAAUAAAUACUACGAUGGUCUUAAAAACGAAAUUAAAGACAUCAUGCUGUCAACAAUGUUCCAAUGGCGUCGGGCCACAGCUCAACAAGUGUAUGACAAAGCAGAGGAAAUUGCUAACCAUAUUGAAUCUACGCGCCUAUCCAAUCCCUCCGUCUCCACUGUUCGCGCCACUCCCACUGCUGUUUCCAACUCCACCUCCAGCCCCACUCCCACUCGCACUUGCCUCAAUGUGGGAGAUAAUGUCUACAUGAUCGAUCCAACCACUCGUCGCGCCAAGAAAGGCGCCAUUACUUCCAUUAUUCGCACAACCUCUGGCAAUAUGCCAAACGUUAGAUGGAAUGGGGAAACCAAGGACACCAUGAUUCCCUUCCCCUCCCUUAAAAAAGAUGAACGUCCUGCCGCCGCCGCACCUGUCAAACCCAUAAUUGCCCCCACUCCUGUUUUAGCUUCAAACUCUAAGGGUCCAGGCCCCAUGGACCUGGAUGGAAGGGGCUUUACAAAUCUCACCUGUCAUGUAUGCGGUGGUAAAGGCCACUUUGCACGCAAUUGUCCCUCAAAGCCUAUGUCUGGACAUGUGGCUAACGUUGAAUGGUCUUGGGAAAGGCCAAAAGAAGAAAAUCGUAUUGAAGUAGUUUCUGAGGAUGAGGAAUCGGGAAAAGGAAAAGCCAAGGCCGACUAA